AGAUUGUAAAUAUGAGGGCUUUUAAACUGUUAACGGUCGUAUUUGGGUCGUUGUUACUGCUCUUUGAAGGUUAUCCUACAUUGGCGGUCAAUAACUGUACCUGGGGGCAGUUUCAAUGUGAUAACCGAAGAUGCAUCAAGGUUACCUUCAGAUGUGAUAAGAAUGAUGACUGCGGUGAUAAUUCAGACGAGAAGGGAUGUGGAGAAGUGUGCACAAACCGUUACUUCAGGUGUGGGAAUCGCAAAUGUAUCUCACGUAUGCAUAUGUGUGAUGGAGACAAUGACUGCGGCGAUGGUUUUGAUGAAACACAGCACCUUUGUGGAUCAGGGUCUGCACCGCUGACAUGUAUACACUGUAAUGCCGCGGGCUCAGCACACUGUUCACAUGAAGUACAGUGUUCUCGUAGAUACACUAGAUGUGUUCGCUUUGCUUAUGUGAGCAACGGCACAAACAUCAUCGAGUCAACUUGCGCCACCAAGUCUGACUGUACUCCUGAAGGAAUCAGAAAACAGUGUCUAAAAAGGGCUAAGUCCAACAUCAAGUGCUACAAAUGCUCCUCUAAGAGAUCUCUCCAAGACUGCAAAGACAGAAAAAUUUUACAAACUUGCAGCGAUAACGAAGAUCGUUGCUAUGAUGCACAGGUUAUCACAGACCACAAGAACGAUGAAGGAGUUCCACGCAUGUUCUAUAAGGGGUGUACGCCGGUCAAUAAAUGCAAUAGCACGACUCUUGAUGUCUGUAAACGUCACAUCAAGUCAACUAGUUGUACUGUUAAAUGCUGCACUGGAGAUGGAUGUAAUGCAGGCUCAUCUCUUCUGGUCAGCAGAUUUGCUUUCAUGGCAUGCGUGUCGAUUUACGUAUAUUUAUGUAUUGGGCUAUCUGUGUGAACAACCGAAGGAUGAUUUUUUCCCCUCUCUUUUACAAUCAAUUAAUUUUAAAAAAUAUUAUCAAAAAGAGGGAAAAUAAGUGAGCUUUGGUUUAAAAUAUUUACAUUUUUUCCCCCGAAGGCCAAAUUUUUAUUUUAGGGUGCUUUCCAUUAAAUCGAACCAAUCGGUCCGAAUGGCCGGUUCUCAAAUGGUACGCCUCAGUUCUCAGAACUAGAUCAACGCGGCCCGAACUAGUACUAUUUGAGAACUCGACGCAAUGGAACAUAUCAAACAUUGAGUGUCGUAUUUCCCUGUGUCUGUUGUCUGCGAUGCAGAUCCACGAGUUAGCAUCGUCUCUUUAUCCUUCCUCGAUUUUCCAAAGUUUUUUCUUUUUUUACUUGUCUUUUUUUUUUCUUUUUCUUUUCUUCUUCAAAAAUGUUCAUGUCGAAUUCGCUAUAAAACGACGAUCUUUUUGUUUGCCGCUUUUCCGCACAAUCCAAAUAUGGAAUUGAUCAUACCAUAUAUGGAUUGAGCUUUCUCUACUCCAACUUCGACACUAUCUUAUUAGAGUAAAGCUUGAUAUGUAUUGAAGGCUUUGUUAUACCUGCCCUUUGUGUUGGUUGAUUUUGGACAAGAAUUGUCCUGAAAAAAUCUUUAUUGUGUGUAACCAAUGUUACAGAGUGAUUUGCAGAAGGCUACAUAGUGACCUUUGCUUCGAUGAAUAUGGAGUCAUUCACGGCCCCAAGUUCUAAUGUUCUAGUUUAUAACUUAUUACUUUAAAUUUUAUCUCUGUGUGUAUGAGCAGUAUAUAUAGCACAUUAUAUGCAUGUAUUUCAUGGUAUAACGUAUGUGAAAAGUUAAUUGAAAUGCCUAAAUAUUAAGAUAAAAAAGAACGAAGAAUAUUUUGAUAAAAUGAUGAAUAAAUACAGAAAAAAAAUUA